GGGCCUCCGGGCGGAGCCGCGGGCAGAGCCUGGAGCCGGGCGAGGGGACCGCUCCGCUCCCCGCCGCCCAGUGCCGCCCGCCGGAGACUGUCCUGCCAGGCCAUGCCUCCAUGGGCAGCCGUCCUCGCACUGCUGGUGGUGGCGCUCGCCCUGCUCCUCCUGCGCCCCUGGAAGCGCGCCGUCGGAGCGCGGACCUCGGUCCGGGACCAUGAGGAGCAGGAGGUGGUGAGCAAAGGCCCCACGGUUCAGUUCAGCGACCGGCGCGAACCGCUCCCCGGGGGCUGCAGCCUCAUUUGCAAGCCCUCGGCGCUGGCCCAGUGCCUGCUGCGCGCCCUGCGACGCUCGGCGGCGCUGGAACCCGCCCCGAGCUCCUGGCUGUCUGGGCCCCACCUGCAGACCUUCUGUCACUUCAUCCUGCCCGUCGGGCCCGGCCCUGAGCUAGCACGUGAGUACCUGCAGCUGGCCGAUGAUGGGCUGGUGGCCCUGGACUGGGUCAUAGGACCUUGUGCCAGGGGCCGCCGGGUCACUAAUACUGGAGGCCUCCCGCCGGUGCUGCUGGUAAUCCCCAACGCGUGGGGACGCCUCACCCGCAAUGUGCUGGGGCUCUGCCUGCUCGCCCUGGAGCGCGGCUACUAUCCCGUCAUCUUCCACCGCCGCGGCCACCACGGCUGCCCACUGGUCAGCCCCCGACUACAGCCUUUCGGGGACCCGUCCGACCUCAAGGAGGCAGUGACUUACAUUCGCUUCCGACACCCGGCGGCACCCCUGUUUGCGGUGAGCGAGGGCUCGGGGUCCGCGCUGCUGCUGUCCUACUUGGGGGAGUGCGGCUCCUCCAGCUACGUGACCGGCGCCGCCUGCAUCUCGCCUGUGCUCCGCUGUCGCGAGUGGUUCGAGGCUGGCUUGCCUUGGCCCUAUGAGCGCGGGUUCCUGCUGCACCAGAAAAUCGCUGUCAGCAGGUAUGCCUCUGCCCUGGAGGACACCGUAGACACCAGCAAGCUGUUCCGGAGCAGCUCCCUGCGGGAGUUUGAAGAGAACCUGUUCUGCCACACCAAGAGUUUCCCCAUCAGCUGGGAUACCUACUGGGACCUGAAUGACCCACUCCGGGACGUGGAUGAGGCUGCUGUACCUGUGCUGUGUAUCUGCAGUGCUGACGACCCGGUAUGUGGACCCCCGGACCACACUCUGCCGGCGGAACUCUUCCAAAGCAACCCUUACUUCUUCCUGCUGCUCAGUAGCCAUGGAGGCCACUGCGGCUUCCUGCGCCCUGAGCCCUUGCCAGCAUGGAGCCACGAGGUCAUCUUGGAGUCCUUCAAGGCCCUGACUGAAUUCUUCCGAAUGGAAGAGAGGAUGAAAGGGCUGAGCAGGCGCAGGACUUCAUUUUUAGGGGGCCGGCGUCGUUGGGGAGGCCCGCAGAAACGAGAGGUCUCCCCCUCUUCCAAUCUGGAGGAGAUCUUCAGCUGGAAGCGUUCUUACACCAGGUGAGGCUGGCCUGGGGAGGCCCCUGCACCUUCGAGAAAGAACCCAACAAGGUAUCCCAGCGGCUGGAAGACUGAGGACUGAGCCAGGGAGCUCUGCCCCACCCCCCUUUCUUCGAGAUAGGGUUUCUCUCUGUGCAGCUUUUGGAGCCUAUCCUGGAUCUUGCUCUGUAGACCAGGCUGGCCUCAAACUCACAGAGAUCCACCUAGCUCUGUCUCCCGAGUGCUGGGAUUAAAGGCGUGGGCCACCACCGCCCCAGCUCCCUUCUCUCUUAAAACUGGAGUGAGCACACUACCUUGAGAACUGUGCCGGCUGUGAGAGACACAUUCUUGCUCGCCCUGCUCAGCCCAUGGUCACUGUCUCUUGUCAUCAAAGUCACAAGCCAAGUAACAGCACAGACAAGUGGACUGGAAAAAAAACAAAAUCCUAGCUGUCCUUGCUGUGACUCCAGGGAAGAUGAGCUUAUGCAAGUCAAUGGGUGGUUCUGUCCCACAUAAAUAAUCAGUUUGGUGACUCUGAGUCUCGAGCCGGAGCCACUUGGUACAGAAAGGACAGGAUGUUUGUGUCUCAGUCCCACGCGCUCAUGUGCUCUGCGGUUGUGGUUCUGUUCUGACUUCUGCAUCAGCAGCUGAGGAAGCAGGCUGUCAGAGCUGCCCAGCUCUCCCCAGUCUGAGAAGGCAGCAGAGGCAGGACAUGCUGGGCUGAGGCCAGCUUGCUAAGAGCUGGCAAGGGUAGACCGUGAAUCUGUCCCUGCCUCUCAUGGUGGCUGGGAGCUCCGGGGCCGAGCUGGGCUCUAGGCUAUGCCCUCCAGCCUGGUCUGAGCCAUCUCCCAAGAGCAGUUUAGACAUAGGAGUGCUGUUGCCUGGGGUCUAGGGGUUCUGUUAGACCAUGGUUGUGGUAGCCAGGUAGGCCAGAUGUGUUCUGAUUCAGGAAACUCCUCCAGAGGGAUGCAGACAGAUGUGUUCCUCUUGAGAUUAGGCUUUCUCACAGUCAGUAGCAAGAAUAACCCUCAAACAGGAUUUCUGAUCCCUUUUCUCCUAGUACUAGCCUCUGCCUUUCCAGAGCCAGGAGAUCGAUCUGGGAGCAGAGGAGAGAAAAAUCCCAAGAGCUUAAUGAAUACAAUCUAGCUAUUUAUGAGUGUCUCACAUUACCAGUUUUGUCUGCUCAAUUAUUCAAAAGGCAGAAGAGCUGCUUUCUGGAUCCCACUGCUCAGCCACUAAGUGGGCAUUUGGUUUUAGGAGGAAUAAUGCUGAAGACCAGUGUGAAAUAAGGUGUAGCACACAGAUUGACUUACAUAUCUUGGAUUCUAUUAAGCCUUUAAAAGUUAUUUUGAUUUUUGACAGUUGUACAUCUGGAUCCACGAACACGUGUUGUUAAGAUUCAAAAAUCUACCCUGAAAUUAUGUAUUUUUUAUUUAUUUGUGGUGCUUGGACCUCACUUGCUAGGCAAACACUCUACCACUGAGCUACAUAAAUCCAGCCCAGAAGUUAGUUUUAGUUUUAUCAAUGGAAGAGAAGCCACCAGUUUUAGAUUGAAAUCAGCAAAGAGUAUUUCACAGCAAAAGGCAUCCUGGGACAUCCUGGGGUUGUGAUCCCAGGUUUGGAUCAGCUUAUCCUGCCAAUCUUGUUUUUUGUUCAUUUGUUUUCUGCCUGACCUGGAACUCACUAUAUAGACCAGGCUGGUCUCGGGUUCGGACAUCCACCAGAGCACUGGAAUUAAAGGCACGCACCAUCCGA